AUGGCCGUUUCUGUUAAAACUGCUUCCCUGGAUCGUAGUUAUCAUUCCAAUACGACAUACAAUCAUAAUCGUGAUGUGAUAUCUAUACCUGCAUUGGAAGAAGGUAUGUACGCGGAAUUGGAAAAAGGGAAACAUAAAAAAAAUACUUUUUUUUACGCUUUUUUUUCAAACAGUUUUGUAAAGUUUGCACGUGAAAAAAAGCAACAAGAUCUUGCACGAGUUAAACUUUUACUUUGUAACAAUAGCAAACGAUUGGUGGAAUGGAUCAUCAAAAGUAGUAACGAUAAUAUACAGGAUGCUUAUCAAAUAUCACAUCAUCAGGCAGUUUCAAAAGCAUCCGGACUGAUUAAAGCAUUUGAUACGGAAGAGUGUAUUCUAAUUUGGCAACGUCCUAAAGAUUACAAUUCUUGGCGUGAAUUACCUCCAUUGAAAAUAAUGCUAGAAUUUAAAUUAAUAGCUAGUGAAAGUGGAAAAGUUAUCGGAAAAGCUAAUAGUAAAUUUCGAGCGGGUGUUGAUCCAGAUGCAGUAUGUACAGCUGACGAACCACCAAUUCAUAAAGUAGUAUUGAACUCGGAACCAGCUACUAUGAUAUUACGAAAAGAGAAACCAAAGUAA